GCGGUCGCCAACUGCGAGCAGCUCUCAAAGAACUUCACGCUCAAUAAACCUUCUAGACAGCAGAAUUUGACCCGGAUUGCCUUAUAAGCUAGGCGACCUUCAACCAAGCACAAUUCUCUAUCACUCAAUUCGCUACGUGCCGACCCUACAUCACCAACGGUCUGCAACGCCUCAUCUCCACAGUUGAGCCCGCAACCUCGAGCCCCGGUGCAAUAUCAAAGACCUGAGGUAUCAAGGCCUCAACACGUGCGAACAUCGAGUCUUCCAUUCCCCUUCAGAACCAUCCUCAGCCAACUACCUCCUUUCGUGGUGGCUUACUAUCAUGGAUUGCCCAUUGUCCAAGGAUUUUGCGCCUUUACCGCUGACACUUGGUCAAGUGAUGGAAGGAAGACCGAUCGCAGCACAGAACAGUUACCUCCUGCAUCUACCAGAUGAGAUCCUAUCAGUGGUUAUGACAUACAUCAACACGGACAGGGAGGCUUUGGCCUCCCUUGCACUUGUCAAUUCGGAUUGUCGCCAGCUGGCACGCUCUUGCCAGUUCUGUAGUGUUGUCAUUGACUAUAGCCCUCGUUCAUCCUGCGUUCUCGGCAUCCUCAUUCGCGAAGCUACUGAGCGACUCAUAUCAAAGAAUCGCCUGACGCAUCAGCCGUCAUUGGGUGCGUGUGUCCGCCGCAUACAGACGGAUUCGGGCCACUAUUGGAAGGAGAUCCGUGCAAUGCAACCCAAGGCAUCCCGGGAUGAUGAGGCGAAUAAUGUACGCAAUGAUGGGCUCGGCGGUACUUUUAGUAUUGACCAAUGGGGGUUAGCUGUUGGGAAUAUGACAACCAGAAUGAGGCAUGUCUAUGAUCCUAGCUUGAUACUCGUUAUUUCUUCAUUACCGCAUUUUGGAGUCCUGGACUGGUCAAAUGGUACGACCGUCGACAACCACCUCCUCAAUAGCCUGGCUACUUCGACAGUCAAACACCUCAAACUACGUGGCAGCAUCGAGUCUGAAUACGUCACUGUCCAGAUUGAUGGCGAAGCUGAGUGGCCGCUGUUGAGUGCCGACAUUGAUAUCGUCUGGGACUUCAAUUUCCAUUAUGGACUCGAUUCAGCCGACUCAUCCUCUCUCUGGGAUAGCUUCUUUCGGACGUGCUCCUCCAGUCUUCAGAGCCUGAAGUUUAGCCAUAGAUCCUUUCUUCAGAGUCAAGACAAGCCAAUAUCCUUUACUGCCGAGUUCACUUGUCUCCGCUUUCUUUGGCUUGGGGACAGCACCGAGCUAAGUGAGCCGACAUUGCGAAGUCUCUUGCGAAGCCAUCGAUUGCAUACUUUAGCUGUAGACUUCAGCUACCCGGUUACACGAGAGUGCUUGGACCACGUCGGAUGUCUAAAGUCACUUCAGACCCUCAUCUGGACCGGCUUUGAUAUUCCAGAAACAGCAUCACUUCAGGCCUUGGAACAAAACACUCAAUUGACCGCAUUCGGCAUUUAUUACAGCUGCUCGGCCUCUCUCAUAGAACGCGUCAUCCCUGUCCUCGCAACAUUUCUCAAUCUCAAAACCCUUUCCUUGAUGUGGGAUGGAAACACGGUCCCAGUCUCUUCACUCGCUGCUCUCUCGUCUCUUGUCUCGCUAGAGCAGCUACAUAUCAGUUCCGGCCAGCAGGCUGGAUGGAGACACGACUGGUUGAUCGACCAUGAUGCUAUCCGGACCACCCUAUUUCCAUUGCGCAAACUAAAAAGACUCGCUAUCACCCGAGACUCGUACCGAGUUAAUAACGGGGCAACCGGCGAAGAUAUUGACGCGUAUUACUCUUUCCGUAUACUAGAUCAAGAUGAACUCAUGCAGCAAUUUCCAGACGAGAACCUGGGAGAUGAUUCCCCCUUGAAUCAUACACACGCUCUUUGGGAGACAUUGCAUCGCCGGAGUAUGGCUGGGCAUGCCGAGAAGUAUGCUGUCGUUUUUGAGGCGCUGGAAUGGAUCCAUGUUGGGCAGCUCUCGUUUGUCUUUCAAAACGGCGCAAACAGGAAAAAGGCGGCUGUCUCGCUUAGCCGUGAGAGAGUAGAGAACUUCGAGGCGUUAAAGAAUAUGUUUGGAAUUUUGUAGGGUUUCCUAAAAUAUUUGCAAAUUGCAACAUUAUUCUCUAGCUUCUGAACGUCUGAUAGGAUGUUUAGGGGAUGUUUUUAGGACACUGAACUGUUAGUUGCACUUGAAGAGGAGCAAAAUGAUGUUAAGGAUUAUCCCAGAUUAUAAAGU